UUCUUCAGCUCAGCAGCAGACCAGCUCCUCCCUCCAUCACCAACUAUGGCCAGCAAACAUGCCCAACAUGGUCUCAGAUCAGAAUCAAACACAUACAAUGACGCUGAGCACCGGAUUGUGUUGGUGGGGAAGACCGGAGUUGGGAAGAGCGCCACAGGAAACACCAUUCUGGGGGGAAAGCACUUUAAAUCAAAGUUCUCUUCUAAAUCCAUGACUCAAGAUUGUUCUAAUGCCUUUGGUGAAGUUGAUGGACAACGAGUUAAGGUUAUUGACACUCCUGGUCUGUUUGACACCAAGGUUGAUGAAGAGAAGACCAAAAACGAUGUUGGUAAGAGCAUUACAUUUGCUUCUCCUGGACCCCAUGUCUUCCUGGUCGUCAUCAGACUGGGCAGAUUCACCGAUGAAGAAAAGCAGACAGUGAAGAAGAUUCAGGAACUCUUUGGAGAAGAUGCAGACAAAUACAGCAUGGUUCUCUUUACUCACGGUGACCAGCUCGAAGACCAAACUAUUGAAGAGUUCUUGAUGGAAAGCAAAGAUCUGAUGGAACUUGUGAACAGAUGUAACGGCCAGUACCACAUCUUCAAUAAUAAGGAGAAUGAUCGUUCUCAGGUCAGAGAGCUGCUCAACAAGAUCAGAAACAUAGCAGAGAAGAACGGAGGAAGCCAUUACACCAAUGACAUGUUCCAGGCGGCAGAGAGGGCCAUAGAAGAGGAAAAACAGAGAAUCCUUAAAGAGAAAGAAGAGGAAAUACGCAAAAAGGAAGAGGAAAUGGAAAAGAAAAUAGAGAAAAAGUACGAGGACCAAUUUAAGAAAAUCAAAGAGGAUGGGGAGAAGUUAGAAAAGCGGAUAGAAGCUCAUGAAAGAAAAAUGGAGGAGGACAUGAAGAGAAUAAGAGAAGAGGAGCAAAGGCUAAAAGCAGAUCGCAAAAUAGAAAUGGAGGAGGACAGGAGGAGAAUGAGAGAAGAGGAGGAAAGGCUAAACGCAGAUCGCAAAAGAGAAAUGGAGGAGGACAGGAAGAGAAUGAGAGAAGAUGAGGAAAAGCUGAGAAAAUGUAACAAAAGAGAAACGGAGGAGGAGAGGAAGAGAAUGAAAGAAGAUGAAAAUCUGAGAGAAGCUAACAGAAGAGAAAUGGAGACGGACAGGAGGAGUAUGAGAGAAGAGGAUGACAAGCUGAGAGAAGCUAACAAAAGAGCAAUAGAGGAGGAGAGGAUGAGAAAAAGACAAGAGGAGGAAAAGCAGAGAGAAGCUAACAGAAGAGAAAUAGCGGAGGAGAGGAAGAGUAUGAGAGAAGAGGAUGACAAGCUGAGAGAAUCUAACAGAAGAGAAAUGGAGGAGGAAAAGAGGAGAAUAAGAGAAGAGGAGGAAAGGAGGGCCAGAGAGGAAGCUGAGAAAAACAAAUUUAAAUGUACAAUUUCCUAGAUUCCUUUUUUAGAUAAUACCUAACAACUGAGAUGUUUAGUAUUAGAGAGAGUCUGACCUUCUGAUGCUGGACUGCAGCAGAUUUACCAAACCUCCUUGCUCAUCUUCAGUCCCCUUUCUGAUGUAUGUUUGGUGUGAUUUAUAGUUAUAUCAGUUAUUUCAAGGAUUGUGUGUUUUGACCAAAUAUUAAACAAAUGUCACAAAUUGUCCAGAACCAAGAUCUCUGAUUUGAUCUUUUAUUGCUAUUGCUUUUACAAGAACAAAUCAAAACGUUCAAAUCUUUAUGUGUAAUGAAUUUUGAAAUCAAAUAUGAAAAGGUUGGAACACAAAUUAAUGUGUAAAUGUGUAAAGACAAACAUCAGGUGAUUAAUCAUGUGCAUUAAUAAAAGACUGUUGAGUUCA